AUGAUCUCGGUGGAGCUGCCAAGGUGGGAGGUUGAUCGUCAGUUCGCAGAAGUGAGACUCCAGAAGGAAAGCGACGGUGCCAGGGUCUUCAGCGCCAGACGACUUCAGCCUUUCUACUCCAGCGUCGCCCUCAAGUGUAUGAAGAAGGACGCUACCAAGAAGAAAGACUUCCUCAAAGAGUUCUACUUGAACUACUACCUCGGGCUUCAUCCUAAUAUUAUUACCUGCUACAACGAAAAGUUUGAAACCAGCUCUUCUUAUGGAUUUGUACAAGAACUUGCUCCGGAGGGCGACCUGGCGAAGAUCGUUGAGACAGAGAGUUUGGGAGAAGCGAGAACCAAACGUGUGACCGAACAAAUUGCCUUCGCUCUGGAGUUUAUACACAAGAAGAACCUGGUUCAUCGUGAUGUUUGCACAGAAAACAUCUUCGUUUUCGACCGAGAACUCUCACUGGUUAAGUUGGGUGACUUCAGCAAGACCCAGCAAGAGGGAGCACUGGUGAAGAAGUUGAAGGUUGCAUCACCUUGGGCGCCACCAGAAGUGAGCGUGGCCGUGUAUAAUGAGGGUUACCACGUCCACAGUAGCCAGGAUGCCUGGCAACUCGGCAUCCUAAUUUUCGUGUGCCUGACUGGUUCAUAUCCUUGGUCUUCGGCCGACAUCACAGACCAUGACUACAAGUCCUGGGUGGCUUUCCUCAAGCGUAAGACCACGAAGAUGCCACAAUGCUUCCGGUGCUUCACUCCUCGUCUUCUUCGCCUUCUACGUCGCCUCCUGCAGCCCAAACCUGAAAAGCGCUUCGGGGUGAAGGAAGUCUACAAAUACCUCUCUGAUCCCUGGCUCGUCAAAGACAAGGAUCAGUUCGAUAAUGUUAUGGAUAACACUGAACAGGAACCAAUAUCACGACAGAAGAAAUCUUUGCUUAAACACGUAGAGACGAAGCUGCUCGAACUGCUACGCUUUCAUCUAAAUAAUUCGGUAGCUUGUCAAGAACCAGAACAGGUAGUACAGACACACAAUUCUUCAGAGGAGGAGAUCUAUACCGCAAGCGAGGGUGUCAGUCCAUCCUGAAGACUUGGUGUAGCAACAAAAGUUCCUGUACCUGAACCAAGCCCACGGGAGUGGGCGAAGAUCUCUCAUGGGGUAUUCACCAAGAUAACCCAUACUAAUUCUCUUAUUUUCAAGUGAGAUGAGUCCCCAUCACGAUACCCCGAGAAUCAUUGCAUGAUACAGACCGCGUCUCAUGUUUUCCCUGACGAGAAAAACUCCACCACCUAGCAUGUUCACUUCCAGUGGCAUCGAAGUCGCUGCACUCCCCUCCCCACAGGAUCUAGUGAUGGAUCCUGUGCAUCCCCGGGAGUCAAACCUUGUUACAAUUUGUAACCACUUAGUUACAACUAGUAACACUACCUAGUUACACCUAGUAACAUUUAAACUUAAACUGACUCGUCUUCCUGUUACUAGCUAAGAAAUCUACAUCAACAUAUAAAUCUAUAACAGCUACUUUUUCCAAGUUUUUUUCUCAAGAAAAUAACAUACAGAAUAUUUCCAAACCUCGUUAUUUACAUCUAAAUACAUACAUACAUUUUUAAUACAGCAAGUGUUUGACAUAAUA